UCUCGCUCGCUCUGCUGUAGUUCGAAAACCAGUGGAGGCUGUGGCCUGUAUCCUCUUAGAUCUCUCUUCACCCGCCGACACUACAUCUUGAAACGCUAUGGCCGGAAAAGGAGAGGGUCCAGCCAUUGGAAUCGAUCUCGGUACCACCUACUCAUGCGUCGGAGUAUGGCAGCAUGACCGUGUUGAGAUUAUCGCCAACGACCAGGGUAACAGAACCACGCCUUCUUACGUGGCUUUCACCGACUCUGAGCGUUUGAUCGGUGAUGCCGCUAAGAACCAGGUCGCCAUGAACCCCAUCAACACCGUCUUUGAUGCCAAGAGGUUGAUCGGUCGCAGAUUCACUGAUGCAACUGUUCAGAGUGACAUUAAAUUGUGGCCGUUUAAGGUCGUUGCUGGCCCUGGUGACAAGCCAAUGAUUGUAGUCGCCUACAAGGGUGAAGAAAAGCAAUUUGCUGCAGAAGAGAUCUCUUCUAUGGUGCUUAUGAAAAUGCGUGAGAUUGCUGAAGCCUACCUUGGAUCCACAGUGAAGAAUGCUGUUGUAACUGUCCCUGCUUACUUUAAUGACUCUCAGCGUCAGGCCACCAAGGAUGCUGGCGUCAUUGCUGGUCUGAAUGUUAUGCGAAUUAUCAAUGAGCCUACAGCUGCAGCCAUUGCUUAUGGUCUUGACAAGAAAGCAACCAGUGUUGGCGAGAAAAAUGUCUUGAUUUUUGAUCUCGGUGGUGGUACCUUUGAUGUCUCGUUACUCACAAUUGAAGAGGGUAUCUUUGAGGUGAAAGCCACAGCUGGAGACACUCAUCUUGGCGGUGAGGAUUUUGACAACAGGAUGGUGAACCACUUUGUCCAGGAGUUCAAGAGGAAAAAUAAGAAAGACAUCAGUGGCAACCCCAGAGCACUUAGGAGGCUGAGAACGGCUUGUGAGAGAGCUAAGAGAACACUUUCUUCCACUGCCCAGACUACCAUUGAAAUUGAUUCUUUGUAUGAGGGAAUUGAUUUCUACUCAACCAUUACUCGUGCUAGAUUUGAGGAACUCAACAUGGAUCUCUUCAGGAAAUGUAUGGAACCAGUUGAAAAGUGUCUGAGAGAUGCAAAGAUGGACAAGAGAAGCGUCCAUGAUGUUGUCCUUGUAGGUGGUUCCACCAGAAUUCCGAAGGUUCAACAACUUCUUCAGGAUUUCUUUAAUGGGAAAGAGCUCUGCAAGAGUAUUAAUCCUGAUGAGGCUGUUGCAUACGGUGCUGCAGUUCAGGCAGCCAUCUUAAGUGGUGAGGGCAAUGAGAAGGUGCAGGAUCUCCUCCUUCUGGAUGUCACCCCACUCUCGCUUGGUCUGGAAACUGCUGGUGGUGUGAUGACCGUGUUAAUCCCAAGGAACACUACCAUCCCAACUAAGAAAGAGCAAGUUUUCUCUACAUAUUCUGACAAUCAGCCUGGUGUGUUGAUCCAGGUUUAUGAAGGUGAGAGAACAAGGACUAGGGAUAAUAACUUGCUGGGUAAAUUUGAACUCUCAGGUAUUCCUCCUGCUCCUCGGGGCGUUCCACAAAUUACCGUGUGCUUUGACAUUGACGCCAAUGGUAUCUUGAAUGUCUCUGCUGAGGAUAAGACUACUGGCCAGAAGAACAAGAUCACUAUCACCAACGACAAGGGAAGACUAUCAAAGGAGGAGAUUGAAAAGAUGGUUCAAGAGGCCGAGAAGUAUAAAUCUGAGGAUGAAGAGCACAAGAAAAAGGUUGAGGCGAAGAAUGCAUUGGAGAACUACGCCUACAACAUGAGGAAUACUGUGAAGGACGAGAAGAUUGGGGGAAAACUCGAUCCAGCUGACAAGAAGAAGAUCGAGGACGCUAUUGAGCAAGCCAUCCAGUGGCUAGACAGUAACCAGCUUGCAGAGGCGGAUGAGUUUGAGGACAAAAUGAAGGAAUUGGAAAGCAUUUGCAACCCUAUCAUCGCCAAGAUGUACCAGGGCGGUGCUGGUCCUGACAUGGGUGGGCCAAUGGAUGAUGAUGUCCCAUCUGGUGGAAGCGGUGCUGCUGGCCCCAAGAUUGAGGAAGUCGACUAAGUGCUGUUCUACGGGGUUUCAUCUUGCAUGCUUUAUUUUCCCAGCCACGUUUUCCAAACGCAAUGUCCUUAUUUUCAAUGUUCUAGUUAUUAUUUGGACUGAGGCAGAAUAUGCUUUUGGUAGUAUCUGCAUUUUACGUUUUUGUUUUCAUCUGUGAAGAUGUCGAAUCGUGUUAAACGAAUUUUGUCGAAA